AUGUUCAGACAUAUUUUACAAUUUUUAAGCAAAGAGAAAAGUAUUUAUAGGAAGCUUAGACAAAAGUUCGCAUUUGAUGCUCAUUCUUUAGAAAAUAAAAAUAUUCUAUGGGUUGAGACUCUAUUUCACGAAAUUCUGUCUGUUGUAUUAGCAAAAGCGGGCUCACAAGUACUUUAUCAACAACAAUGA